AUGGCCGAACUGUCCCAAGCCGGGAAUGGCAAAUCGCCCCAAUAUAAACCUUGCGCAGCAGCCACAACGAGAACCCCGCGACUAACAGGCCACCCAGCUGCAGGCCGUAGUCGAACGAAGAAAAAGACAGAUUUGACCCCUCAUUACAUGGAGGGUGCCGCUUUGCAUUUUUCGACACCAACACCUCCAAACCUCUCUUUCCCAUUUUCAACGCCGCAGUCCAUCAACGUUGCCACCACCAAGCUUCGUUCCUACCGCAACUUGGCAAAAAAAACACAGCCAACCAGAAAAGGGACAGAAACCAAAACCAACGACCAUGGCCAGCAGCACCAUCCGGCUCGGCACCGCCUCGCCCGGCACGCAGGCCACGCGCGCCGCGACUCUGCGGCAGCUGGCCUCGCUGGCGCAGCGCGCGGCGGCGCAGCGCGUCGACCUGCUGCUGCUGCCCGAGGCGUACAUUGGGGGGUACCCGCGGGGCACGCAUUUCGGGCCGUCGACCUCGGCGACGUCACGGGCGACGCCGGCGCCGGCGCCGGCGACCGCUGGGUCAAGCGGCAGCUCGGCGAGGAGUGGAAGGGCGACGGCACGCGCGAGGCGCUCGAGGCCAUUGCCGCCGACGCCGGCGUCUUCCUCGUCGUCGGCCUCAUCGAGAGGGCCGGCGGCACGCUGUACUGCGCCGUCGUGUACGUCUGUCCGCGCGAGGGCAUGCUGGGGAAGCGCCGCAAAGUGUUGCCUACUGGCACAGAACGCCUCUGCUGGGGCCAGGGCAGCCCGAGCACACUCCGCGCCGUGUCCACGACGCUCCGCGGCGUGCGCGUCAACCUGGCCGCCGCCAUCUGCUGGGAAAACUACAUGCCGCUGCUGCGGCAGGCGCUGUACGCGCAAAACGUCAACCUCUACCUGGCGCCGACGGCCGACAACCGGGACCAGUGGAUGGCGCUGAUGCGCACCGUCGCGGUCGAGGGGCGCUGCUUCGUCGUCAGCAGCAACAUGUGCAUCCGCGAAGGCGGCAGCAACGUGAAUGGUGUGCACGAGGAAGCGCCGCCGCCGCCGCCGACACGCCGUCGCAACUCCAUGAUGACGGCCGACGGCAACGAGAUUGCGCUGCCGAGCCCCGGUGCUUCGCGGCGCAGACGGAGAUCGGUGUUUGAUAGCGAUGGGAAUGAGAUUGUGCUGAGCUGCGCCGAGGAGGAGGAGCAGCCACCUGCUGCUGCCGCGCCGACGACGACGACGACGAAUGGGGAGACGGCGGCGGCAGCGGCGGCGGCGCCCAAGGCGGCGGGUAUCUUGCCCGGGUGGCUCUCGCGAGGCGGGUCGGCGAUUGUGUCCCCGUACGGCGACGUGCUGGCCGGGCCGCAGUGGGAGGACAGCGAGGGCAUCGUGUGGCAGGACGUGGACAUGCGGGAUUGUAUCCGUGGUCGGCUGGACCUGGACGCCGCGGGGAGCUACUCGCGCAACGAUGCCUUUAAGCUCAGCGUCACAGGCCUGGACUUGGAUCCCUUGCCGUACUGA